GGAUAAGUAAAUAAAAGCGAAAAAUGUAGGAAAUAUAACUAAGUGAUUUGAUUAAAUUUUCGACAUUAUAUUCAUUAUUUUUUUCUUGCCGGAGAGAUGAUAAAAAAGAUUAUAUCGAAAAAUACAGCUGCAUUUUGACGCGAUCUUUGGGACAGUAACUUCGGCGAGUGGCAUAAAACAUUCUUAAAUCUGCAAGUAGAAGAGGACGUUUUUAAUCAGACAUGACUAUAUACGUAGUUCGAUUGUUACAUUCGUUUAUCGUGACUGAUAUAAAAGAACGAAGAAAAAAUAUAUGGGAAAUAUGCUUGCGGAAUCACGCACUGGAACAACGCAGAUGUUGAUAUUAGAUAUUGAAAUGAUAAAAUCGCGGGAAUUGCAAAGCCUCUUCAAAUAAACGCGCCUGCUCGACAUCGAUCACUGAUUUCUAUGGUUACGUCUUGGCGUAACGACGAUGGUGACAACAAUGCCAACGACGACGACGAGGAUGUCGCCCUGCACAUGUCCAUGCGAUCAUGUUAGAGACAAGGUGAUGAUUUUUGCGACGCCUGCAAUGAUGUGACAAUAAAGUUACCUCCUCCUACUCUCUGCUAACUGGGGAUCCUCCCUAUUACACACAGUGCUUCCCAAUAACACACACGAUCCGAGGAUUACGCGCAAAAAAGCAACGCCAAACCGUUGGCCGUGGUCGGCGUCGUUGGAAAUCGGUGCCAAAAGUCGACACAGACAAGCUAUAAGAGCCAACCCCGCAAAAGUGUGUCAAAGAGGAAUUGAACGCAGGGUGGAACGGAGAGAGAGAUAAAAAGAGAAAAACAAAGAAAAAGUGAGACAAAAAGAAAAAGAUAUAUAAACGUAAUACGGAAGAUCAGACACGGAUAUCCUUAGAAACGGGGUGAAAAGAAGGAUACGUGAGGUCAGAAGCGUGUUAAGGCGUGUCGUGUCAGAAACACAAACGAGCAUCACGAGUACAGAGAGUGGUGUGGUGACGCAGAGUGGUGGUGGUGGUGGUGGCGGGGCAAGGCAGGUGGCAGGAUUUAAGCCGGAAUAAGAGCAGUUAGAAUGGGCAACAAGCUUUCUUGCAGUUGCGCACCCCUGAUUAGAUCAAAGACGUAUCGUUACGAGGACAGCCCAUGGCAGGCCGGUGCCAGGGGCGGAAUGGGCGGCGCCGGAGGACGCAGGGGUGAUACUGGCCACUUGCUCAGGCUAUGGGCCGAAGUGUUCCAUGUAAAUUCGAGCGGAGCUGGCACCGUCAAAUGGCAGCAGGUGUCUGAAGAUCUGGUCCCGGUAAACAUCACUUGCAUCCAGGAUUCGCCGGAGUGCGUCUUUCAUAUCACCGCAUAUAACAGCCAGGUCGAUAAGAUUCUAGACGUGCGGUUGGUCCAGCCAGGUACGCGCAUCGGCCAAGCGUCAGAAUGCUUCGUUUACUGGAAGGACACAGUGACAAAUGAUACAUGGGGGCUGAACUUUACAUCUCCCAUAGACGCAAAGCAAUUCAGAGAAUGCUGCUCACCGUCGUUCAAGAUUUCAAGGAAAGCGUCCUCUUCUUACUCGUUGAAGCUCGAGCCACCGAACAAGCAGAAGAUCAAAACACGCCGAAAGCCACUGUCGACACCAGCCUCACCGAGCCGAUCCAGAGAACCUCAGUGUACCUGUAUGACACCGGAGCAGUUUGCCAGGCUACGUAGCCAAGAUCCCAGAUAUCGAAGCCCGUGUGGACCGUCUACGCUUCCACGGACCAUGGCGCGAUCCACGGAGAUGGAAAUGACACCGGGACGAGACAAGAUAACAGCGGCCACAUCCAGCGCAUCUCUCUACGACAACGUCAACAAUCCUAGCGCGACACCUGGGAAAACACCAAAGACUGGCGAAUCGGCCAAACAAAAGGAUAAGCAGAAUGAGACGUGUCAGACAACCCCAAAGACUGCCAACGUUGGAAUCGGAACUGUUACGGUGGGAUCGCAGAUCGACAGUCCCGAUGAGAAAGGUUCUACGAUAUCGCCGAAGAAAUCGCAGAAGCAGAGCCAGGACACAUCCACGCAGCAGAAUGGUACUGAGAUGUUGAAAUCAGAGGGCACCCAGGCUGGCGGUACUCUGCAGAGCAAGUUGCUACGUAAAGAGCAGCUGCACCAUACCAAGUCGGCCGACUAUACCGAAUUGGAGAUGCAGAACGGUAAUCUCUUCAACAUCGUCAAUAACAAUCACGGUCACAGAUCGAAGAGCAAGAGCACCGAUGACAUGCGGAUCGAGAAUGCGCAGAACGGCGGCAUCAGCCUGGAUUCGAAUACCUUGAAGCGCAUGUUGAAGCCGAUGCCGAGCAUUGACAGCCCGGUAACAUCGCCGGAAAUGACGAGGAAACGUCACAGUCACCAUAGCUAUCAUUAUCAUCCGAGCAAUAACAAUCAGAAGUACAUGAUGCAAGAGGUUGACAACGAGAAUUAUGCGCAUCCCUAUCGCGCGCCCUAUAAUAAUAAGUUUCAGGGAUCCAGAAGCGUUCACGAUAUGAGCCGACAAUAUACUGGCGGCAGAGGAAGGACGUACUUAGAUUCGGAACGUAAUCGGUGCACAGGUGACAUGUCGCCGCCCUCGGACAAUGUCAUUUUCGACAACCAAUGCUAUGCGACCACGCCGAGCUCGUCGAACGGCAACUCCGACAUGGAGCAGCCGAAUCAUUGCAACUCCCGUCGUUGCAACGGGGGCCAGACAUAUCAGCAGCAGAAUAUGCAAUCGGUGUCGACUCCAGGCAGCCCAACCAGUCGGUUGCUUCUCGAGUACGAGAUGCAUCUCAGGAAUACUCUAGCCAAGGGUAUGGAUGCGGAAAGUUACAGCCUGCGUACAUUUGAGGCUCUGCUGACGCAGAGCAUGGAAAACUUAGAAUUUGCGGAAAACAUACCGUUGAAUGUUCAGCGUACACCUCACGUUUCGCGAAGACGUUCCAGUUCCAACAAAUCGUCGACUCUGCCGCUAUCGUAUCGUUAUUGCAAUGAAAGACAAAACAGCAAGGAUCGAGACGGCUAUUAUAGCGAUCGUAAUGAGAUGGUGAGAGAGAAGAGAGAGCGAGACUCUGAUCGAGAUCGCGGCUAUCUUAGCGACUACAAUUCUAGCUACAGUCUACAGCGCAACUACCGAUCGCUCGAGAGGCGGCGAGAGCCAAAAAAGAUGCCGAAAAUGCCAAAGUUGCCGGAAAAAAUUUUCUAUCGUAUUCUGGAUGAUGGAUCCGGAGAUCAAACUCAGAAUAAGAAACAUGUGAAAUUUCAAUUGCUCGGAGAAGAUGACGAUGCAAAGAUAUCGUCAGGCAUACCAUGCUCGGAUUUGUCGCCUAUACCUGCACGAUGCGCCAGCUGCAUCGGGGAAUCCGCGCGUGCACAAUGGUUUCGGCAUUCUGACGGUUGGCAAUCCGGCAGCUCAACUCUCGGCUCUGGUGCUUCGAGUUCGAUAAAUCCAGGGUAUUCGGGAUAUAAGAGAGAGUCACCCUGGGAUUCUCUUCCUUCUUUAAGACACGAGGGCAGCCUCAACGACAGUGGAUAUAAAUCCAACCGGACUGAUUCUCUUGAACAAAGAGGUACUUUUGACAGACAAGACAGCGUCAGAUCCGAUUACAUGUCCGACCGGGAUGGCAGAUACGGAAUCGUUCAACAAGCUUCAUUGGAGAGUACCGACUCAAGGCUUUGCUACUUGACGUCUUCCGAGAUGUCAGACGAUGAUAGAAUGUCACUCACCACCGCUGUCAGCGACGAUGACGACGGCGAGAGUGUCAUAAAUUCGCCCUAUCGUGGAAAGCAGACUGGUACAGCUGCAGCUUCGUUCAAUUGCACCGGUGCAGUUCGGAAAGCAGGAUUUCUCAGUGUGAAGAAAUGGCUGUUACGCAAGAAGCAUCAGAUCGAGCUAGCUAGAAAGAGAGGCUGGAAGGGUUAUUGGGUCUGCCUGAAGGGCACUACACUCCUCUUCUACCCUUGCGAUUCCCAGGAAAGCAGAGCUAUGGAAGCGGCACCUAAACAUCUAAUCAUUGUUGACGGUGCGAUUAUGCAGCCGAUUCCUGAACAUCCGAAGAGGGAUUAUAUAUUUUGCCUUAGCACCGCUUUCGGAGAUGCUUAUCUAUUCCAGGCGCCAUGUCAAGUGGAGCUGGAAAAUUGGGUGAAUAGUAUUCAUUCGGCGUGUGCCGCCGCUUUCGCGCGUCAUCGCGGCAAGACCGGCACGCUGCAUCUUCUGCAAGAGGAGAUCUUUCGUUUGGAGAAGGCGAUCGAAUCGGACCACAAGAUGAAACACAUGGCAGAUCUCCAGCAAUCAGUGGUGUCCGACGUCGACACUAAGCAGCAAAUCAACAAUCAAAUAGUACAAUGGGAAGAGAAUCUGGAACGUCUACAUUGCGAACAAUUCCGUUUGCGGUGCUACAUGGCUAGUUUGCAGAGUGGCGAACUGCCUAAUCCGAAAAGUCUAUUGACGCACGUAUCUCGCGCUACGAAGCAGAUGUUGAACAAGCUGGGCGUCUUCACAGUAUCGUCCUUCCAUGCGUUUAUCUGCGCGCGUAGUCCAUCCUUGCUGAAUAAUUUAUUGGCGGGUCGCGGAGCGACAAAGAGAAGACCGCCGCUGUUGUCGAGGUCGAAUAGCGGUUCCAGCAGACGUUCGCUGCAGAUCUCGUCUAGGGACGAGGAGAAGAGUGUCAAGGUGUCCGUGCCGGAAAAUCAGGUACGAUCAUCAGGACAUCGGCUCGUGUCGGUGUUCCUGCGCGAUGCCAUGACCGUGGAGGAGUUUCUGGCAAGCGCAUGCACCAGGAAAAAUCUUAAUCCGAUGGAGCAUUUUGUGCGUGUCAAAAAACGCCGAGAUAUGGAGGACCACAACUAUUUUGUGCCACACAGGACUGAUUUGAUAGAAACCUAUUUGCAUACGCACGAAAUCGUGGAAGUCUGUGCCAAGAUUUUAUAUCAAGUGGAAUUGCAAAGAAAUACUUUAGAGCAAAUGUGGGGCUUCUCCGUUGAGGCCGAGCUCAUAGAAAACUCCGACAGACAGGACGAACUCUGUUGCUAUGUUAGCAGAGUGGAAGACAAGAGUGUCGCCAUGCAAAAUGGAAUCAUUAAGGGUGAUGAGAUUAUGGUAAUCAACGGCGCCAUUGUGAGCGACUUGGAUAUGAUGUACUUGGAGAGCGUUUUACAAGAGGAGGUAGGUCUCUGCAUGAUGAUGCGAUCCUCCAGGACAGAGCCACCGGAUCUCACGGGUAUUAUGCGAGUCACCGACGAUAUAAUCGAGAGUCUGGUUUGCCCGCCGCCACCUACCGAUCCACCAGUCAUCAGCGAAGAAAUGAUUUCCGGUCUCAUUGUGCCGGCACCAGGAUGGAGUAAGGAAAACAUUAUGCAGGAAUGCUCGGCCGCUCACAUGGAGAACAAGCAGACCUCGCGCACCAAUUCCUUCGAGAUCGAAAAUCUUUUGAAGACUGCCGAACAGGUGACAGGGAUCUGUCGUUCGCCGGGGGAGACCAGGAAAUCGAGUCCCACCGGAAGCGUCGUCAGUUCCCAUUCGCAAGCCCUCAACACACCGAGCCGGCAAUUAAGCGACGCUGAGAAGUUGAAGAAAGUGAUUUUAGAACUGAUUGAGACUGAACGGACUUACGUAAAGAAUUUAAAUAAUUUGCUGGAGAACUAUUUGGAACCCCUUAAACGUGAGACCUUCCUGUCGAACGCGGAGAUCAACGCGCUAUUUGGCAAUAUUCAGGAAAUCGUCACGUUUCAACGACAGUUCCUGCAGAAUCUUGAUCAUGCCAUCGAGAUGGAGGCUGAUUUCAAUAACUUCGACCAUCCGAGUCAAUUUAAGGGAGUCCUGUUUUCCAUUGGAAGUGCCUUCUUAUAUUACGUAAAUCACUUCAAGCUAUACAGCUCGUUUUGCGCCAGUCACUCGAAGGCUCAGAAAGUUUUACACCCAAACGAGGGAAAUCAAGCUUUACAAGAGUUCUUGCAAGCGAGAAAUCCUCGGCAGCAACACUCGUCGACUUUAGAAUCAUACUUGAUAAAACCUAUACAAAGAAUACUCAAGUAUCCGCUGCUGUUGCAGCAACUUAGGAAUCUCACCGAUGAACGAAGCGAAGAACACCAACAUUUGAUCGAGGCGCUUAAAGGCAUGGAAAAGGUGGCGGAACAUAUAAACGAGAUGCAAAGAAUUCACGAAGAGUACGGAGCUAUUUUCGAUCAUUUGUUCAGACAACACCAAAAAUCCUGCAAACAGCCGAUUGACUUAAGUCCAGGCGAUCUUUUAUACUACGGAGGCGUCGAAUGGCUCAAUAUUUCCGAUUUUCUCGGCAAGAUAAAGAAGGGUCUCGAAUUGCACGCGAUGUGCUUCGUAUUUAAAUCGGCUGUCGUGUUUCUAUGUAAAGAAAGAUUAAGACAGAAGAAGAAACUUAUGGGAGUUUCGACCAAGGCUAACUCCAGUGAGGUAGAAAUCAUUCGUUAUCAAGUGCUGAUCCCAGUGACGGAAGUUCAGGUCAGAGCCAGCUCUGCCAAAGACAUGGAGUCCCACUUUUUAUGGGAACUGAUUCAUUUAAGAAGUCAAUUACAGAGGAGAUCGGAGAAAGUAUACGUGCUCUCCAACAGUACGACGGAAUUUCGAAACGCGUUCUUAAAGACAAUCCGGCAGAUCAUCCGAGAGUCGGUGAGAAAUAUGAGCAUACCCUCGACAAAGCAGAAUAUGAGCCAUGCUCCGAUGUCGAUGGCGCCGCGCAUGUCGACCGGUCAUGUGGAAAAAUUUGACAAGCAGCAGAUCGGACAGGUUCAAAACGGAAACGGCAGCGUGGUCAUGGCGACAGGUACGCUCUCGAAGAAGGCGAUGAAGCAGCAACUGUUGGCAAAUUCGCACAAGCGCAAGUACAGUCAUUCCAAACAGACGGUGGAACACGAGAGCUCGGAAGAUAAGGACCAGGAGGAUGCGCCGGUCGUCCAGCAGCAAACCACGUUUCGCUCCAGAAGCAAAACCAUAAGUGACACUUCCGGUGAAGUAAAAGUUGAAAUGGAUUCGGGUACGAAGUCGGAAGGUGAGGAAGACUCGCAGGCUUUUUUAGGCGAGAAGAAGACAAAUCUCGGCCGCACACCAAAUCAUCUGACGCUGAGCACCACGUCGACUAUCUCGGCGGGAAGCACUGGCAGCCAGGCUAGAUUGAUCCAGUCCUCCCAUCAGCCUGAGAAUUACCAGCCCAUUACCGUCAAGGAACUUGGUUCGCCGAUCUGGAAACCACGGGAGCUACCUUCUCUGGGGGAGGCUACUACAUUGCCGCGCAAGGGUAAGUCCGCCAGCGAGUUCGCGGACAUGAGCUCGAGCCACAGCGCCUCCCGAAAAUCUCUGAUAGAAAUCAACAAUUGUGCUCAACAACCUAACUUUAAUAAUCAUGUUUAAGUUGAAUAAUAUCGAGGCUGACUCGCUAACGAGGUAAUAUCGUUAUAAGUUCCAUCACAUCAUCAUUAAACACAACCAACCACCACUACAACCAUUACCAUAAACGUAAUACACAGAGAUAAUUGUCCAAUUAUUGCGAUUGUCAUGAUAUCGAUACGCAAGAGAUACGCGUCUGCCGUUCACGUGGAAUUUAUGAAAAAAACUGCACUUUCUCCCUCUUCUCUCUUCCUCAUUUUGUCUUCCAGCAGAAAUCCGUGUAUAUGUGCUUGCUUGCGUGAGAAAGGAAUGUAUGAGAGAUAGCGAGAUGCUCGAUCUUCUACCUCAUUUUAUGGGUGAAAUUUAUAUAGAAUUAAAAAAAAUUUUUUUGCUUUUAUGAAUUAUA